CUACUAAAAUAGUGAUCUCAUUAUUACCUGUUCUAGCAAAACCACCCAUCAGGGCCAUAGUUAACUAUUGGUCGUUAAAGCGUAUUCUGAAAAUACCUAUAUCUACAGCUGUGGCAAUAGGCACGUGAUUUGGUAAUACGCCAAUUUGUCCACUAUUAAUAGAUAAAAUUAUUUCUUUCACUUUUGAAUCCCAAACAAUUCGAGUAGGGGUCAGUACACAAAGAUUUAAGGUCAUUUCUUCAAAUUGUUCUCCAUUUCUAAGUUUGUAGCCUUUGCAGUAGCAACACACAAACGACACACUCAACUUCCACCAAACACCAUUUCAAAAUGGAGAAUGGAGCUCAACAAACACAACCAUGGGUUUUCCGAGGUACUCAAAAGUUUAGUGCAAACCAGUCUAAUGUCUCUGAACAGACGAUAACCAUCCGAGAAGCUCAGGAAGAGUUGAUGAAAAAUUUGAACCAAAAUGAUGAAAGGCCCUUCAUCCAUCUCGCCCAUGGCGACCCUUCAGCUUAUCCCUGCUUUCGGACCACUCCUUUGGCCGAAGACGCCAUUGUUGAUGCUGUCCGAUCUGCUCAGUUCAACGGUUAUCCUCCCGCCGCCGGUAUCCUUCCUGCUAGAAGGGCUAUUGCAGAAUAUGUCUCCCGUGAUCUUCCUUACAAAUUGUCAGAGGAUGAUGUUUAUGUCACAGUAGGUGGCAACCAAGCAAUUGAGAUCAUCAUAACGGCCCUCGCUCGUCAUGGUGCUAACAUUUUGCUUCCUAGACCAGGGUACCCACUGUAUGAAGCUCAUGCAGCUUUUAGUCAGUUAGAAGUACGCCAUUUUGAUCUUAUACCGGAAAAGGGAUGGGAAGUUGAUCUUGAUGCUGUUGAAGCUCUAGCAGAUGAAAACACUGUUGCUAUAGUCAUCAUUAACCCUGGCAAUCCUUGUGGAAAUGUCUUCUCAUACCAGCAUUUGAAAAAGAUUGCAGAGAUGGCACAAAAGCUUGGAAUAUUUGUGAUUGCUGAUGAGGUUUAUUCCCAUCUAGUCUUUGGGAAUAAGCUAUUUGUACCAAUGGGUGAGUUUGGAUCAAUUGUUCCUGCACUUACAAUAGGGUCUAUAUCAAAGAGGUGGAUUGUUCCAGGUUGGAGACUUGGCUGGAUUGCGACAAACGACCCCUGUGGCCUCUUGAAAAAAACUGGGAUCUUGGAAAGCAUCAGGAAUUAUGUUAACCUCUCUAGUGAUCCUGCAACCUUCAUUCAGGGGGCAAUUCCCAAAAUUCUUGAAAACACAAAAGAAGAUUUCUUCUCCCAUAUAUUACACACCAUUAAAGAAGAUGCAGACAUUUGUCACAGUAAAAUCAAGGAGAUCCCUUGUAUUGCUUGUCCAAACAAACCUGAAGGAGCCAUGUCUGUAAUGGUAAAGCUAAACCUCUCAUUACUUGAAGGAAUUAACGAUGAUAUGGACUUCUGUGUCAAGCUGGUCAAAGAGGAAUCUGUGAUUGUUCUACCGGGGACUACAGUGGGAAUGAAAAAUUGGGUGCGCUUAAGUUUUGCCAUUGAACCUGUGAAUCUUGCAGAAGGCCUUGACAGGAUAAAAAGCUUCUGUGAGAGGCAUGCCAAGAAGCUAUUACAUUAAUUAUGUGCUUGUUUUUCCAUGUUUUUCCAACCCUUUGGGAGCUUUGUGUUGAGGUAAUUUCAUCAGAUCUUCAAUAAUUGCAGUUACAUGCAGUAAGGUAGACAUAGAGAUCUACAAGACUACAACUCAAAGUUCUAUGAACAUGUCCUGUUUAUUGCUUUUAUGAAUGAUAUGCCCAUUAAUAAUUUGCUUUGUUUACUUUUAAUGAUAAGUUUUUAAUUAACGGAAGUUACAAAUUA